AUGCGAAAAUAUAGUUCUCAAUCAUUCAGUCUCACUGAUAAUAUGGAUAUAUCUACUUCAAAAAUCAAAGAUAUUCUGGAUGAAUUUGGUGUUGGUGUUCAUUCAGAAUGUGGUAAAUUAGACAUUGUUCUUAUGCAUCGACCAGGCAAAGAGCUUCUUCGAUUAACAAAAGAGAAUCAUGAUCAUUUUCUUUAUGAUGCUCUUCCUAAUAUUAUUCAAACACAACAGUCUCAUGAUAUAUUUUCACAAUAUUUACGUGAUCAUGGAAUACA